GUUGGAUCCAAUGCUCUGAUACCACUUUGAUAGAAGAAGGAAAGAAAAUUGCACUGAAUAAAUCUGAAAAUAACAAACGGGUACAAGACUCCACUCUCAGGGUAACAGCCUUAUGAGGAUUCUAAACGUAGCUGCAUUUGCAGUAUCUGGAUAUGCUUCUACUGAAGGAAGGAAUUGCAAACCAUUUAAUCCACUGUUAGGGGAGACUUAUGAGGCUGAUUAUCCAGAUAAAGGCUUCCGAUUCUUCUCGGAGAAGGUGUCUCAUCACCCAAUGGUAGUAGCCUGUCAUUGCGAGGGUACUGGCUGGAAGUUUUAUGGUGAUAGCAAUCUGAAAAGCAAAUUUUGGGGUCGCUCGAUUCAGCUCGAUCCAGUUGGUGUUUUAACGCUAGAGUUUGAUGAUGGAGAAGUUUUCCAAUGGUGUAAGGUAACAACAUCAAUUUACAAUCUUAUUCUGGGGAAACUAUAUUGUGAUCACUAUGGUACAAUGCGGAUAGAAGGAAACCGCAAUUACUCGUGUAAACUGAAAUUCAAAGAGCAGUCUAUCAUAGACAGAAAUCCUCAUCAGGUUCAAGGAAUAGUCCAAGAUAGGAGCGGAAAGACAGUAGCAACUCUAUUUGGAAAGUGGGAUGAGAGCAUGCAUUAUGUCAAUGGAGACUGCUCAUCUAAAGGAAAAGGUCACGAAUCUCUGUCAGAAGCUUGUUUGCUCUGGAAACGUAGCAAGCCUCCUAAGUUCCCUACGCGUUAUAAUAUGACACGCUUCGCCAUGGGACUGAACGAGCUUAUUCCCAAACUGAAGGAAAAGCUGCCCCCAACAGAUUCAAGGCUGAGACCUGAUCAAAGGUGCUUGGAAAAUGGGGAGUAUGAAAUGGCUAAUGCAGAAAAAUUGCGACUGGAGCAGCGGCAGCGGCAGGCUCGAAAGAUGCAAGAGAGGGGUUGGAAGCCCCAGUGGUUUGUGAAGGACAAAGGUUCGGAUACCUACCGCUAUAUUGGAGGGUAUUGGGAAGCGAGGGAACAGGGAAAAUGGGAAUCUUGCCCCGAUAUUUUUGGCCAAAUCUCUUCCGAUCAAAUGUUAGAGUGAGUUACCAGGAGUCGAGUCUUGUGUGGUUGACAGUAUUCAAUAUUAUUGCUGGAAAUAUUGGAAAACAGCCGAUGAUGAUCAUUGGCACGAGCUGCAAAUAUAUCCAUAACCUGCUUGUAUAUUACUUCGAGGAAGCAGCUAAGUUGCCAUUGAUAUUCACUCCGGUUCUUGCUUAUGAGAAUUCUUCGAUUUUCUUCUCCAUCGCCCCUUGGUUUUGCUGUGAGUGUAAGAUAUUUUGAUCGACGACCUUUUUUUAUUUUUACCAUUUUUGCCAUUUUACCAGGUGUAUCAUAAAUUGGAAAGGAUAGACCUGAGGGUCAUCUGUGCAUUUAAAAGAAUAUAUUCCUUUUAGAUUAAUUAAUAACAGAUGCAAUUAAUUAUACGAAACAUCAUUUUAGAUUU